GCUACACGUUUUGAACACGAAUAGAUCGUUGCAGAUUGGCAAGCAUGGCAAGCAAAAUGAAGAAAGAGAAAGUUGCCAUCAUCGGAAGCGGUCUCAUCGGACGUUCCUGGGCAAUGCUGUUUGCCGGCGUUGGCUAUCAGGUGACCAUCUACGAUAUCAUACCCGAUAUCGUAGAGAAAGCACUGAAAGAAACCAAGCUGGAGCUGGACAGUAUCGAGAAGCAGGGUCUGUUGCGAGGUAAUCUAUCCGCGGCGGAGCAAUUCGCUUGUAUAAGCGGUACGGACAAUCUGAAGGAUGCCAUCACCGGGGCGAUCUACGUGCAGGAGUGUGUCCCGGAGCGGUUGGACAUCAAGAAGAAGCUGUACACGGAAGUGGAUGGACUGGUGGGACCGAACACGAUCCUGGCCAGCUCGACCAGUACCUUUAUGCCUUCGCUGUUCAGCGAAGAUAUGAAACAUCGUGCUCAGGUUCUUGUAGCUCAUCCGGUGAACCCACCGUACUAUGUACCACUGGUAGAGAUCGUUCCAGCACCGUGGACCAAGCCCGAGUACACUACCAAGGCACGGGAACUGAUGACGGAAAUUGGUCAAAAGCCCGUCACACUUUCACGACAGAUCGAAGGCUUUGCACUGAACCGCAUCCAGUAUGCAAUCCUCAACGAAACCUGGCGUCUGGUGGCGGACGGCAUCCUUAGCGUGAAGGACAUUGACGUGGUAAUGUCGGAAGGUUUGGGCAUGCGGUAUGCAUUCCUUGGCCCACUGGAAACGGCACAUCUGAAUGCGGAAGGGAUGCUUAACUACUGUGAGAGGUAUUCCAACACGAUUUAUGCCGUCAGCCAAACGAUGGGUCCGACACCUCGGAUGGAAGGCAAGGUAGCGGAGCAGGUGGCCAAAGAGCUGGAGGAGAUGGUACCGAUCGAUAAGCUGCCGGAGCGGCGUGCAUGGCGUGAUGCCUGUUUGACGAAGCUAGCUCAGCUGAAGAAGAAUAUUUAGGAUUAA